AUGGCAAGAGGAAGUUUCCAGCUGUCAUUAGCCAAUUGCACUGAUGUGGCUCAACCAAGAGUGUGCAAAUACCUGCGAAUUGUAGCGAAAGCCAUUGCAGACCUUGCACCAGAGUUCAUCUCAUUCCCAGAACCUGAGCAAGAACAAGGUACCAUGAAUGAAUUCUUCAGCAUCGCGAGAAUACCUGGUGUAAUUGGAUGCACAGAUGGCUGUCAUGUACCAAUCCAGAACCCAGGAGGACAAAACCCAGAGCUAUACCGUUGUAGAAAAGGGUGGAUGUCCAUAAAUGUGAUGGCUGUGUGCGAUGCCUCCCUGAAAUCUACAGAUCUGGUAGUUGGCUGGCCUGGUAGUGCACUCGCCUCCCUGAUUUUUACAUCAUCUGCACUUUAUGACAGACUGGAGUCCGGGGUUCAUCAAGGCUUUCUCCUGGGGGAUAUCAACUUCGGCAAGAGGGGCUUCCGGAACUGGGACCUGGAGUUGGAGAAGGUGUGGCGCGAGGUGAAGGGAGAAGUCUUGGAACAGCAUGCAGUUCUUGUGAUGUCUGGUCACUAA